GCCGCUGCAACAAAAAAUAUCAAAUCCAUCAUACCACUUCUUGACCGAGUACUCAUUCAACGCCUCAAAGCAGAACAGAAAACCGCGGCAGGAAUUUUAAUCCCAGAGAAAUCGUUAGAGACAUACAACGAAGGUCAAGUCAUUGCCGUUGGAAAGGGUGCUCUUGACAAACAUGGUAAGCAUAUUCCACCACAAGUAAAAGAGGGUGAUCGGGUGCUUAUUCCAACAUACGGUGGAAAUGCCAUAAAAGUCGGGGAUGAAGAAUAUCACAUAUUCCGGGAUCACGAAAUUCUUGCAAAGAUUAACGAAUGA